CUUGUCCUCGGCUUGUGAUUGGUGGAUGGUCGUUUCCGGUUGCGGCGCUACUAUUUGAAAAGUGUUUCAGUUAGAAAAAAAGGUCUGGUCGCCAUUGUUUAAAGACUGACCUCCGCAAUGUCGCUAAAGGUGAUACUUGGUGAAUAACAAGAGUUUCUUUAGCCGGAGUCCACAUAUAAUAAAGGCCUUUCGCUGGUUUGUGAGCUCAAACAUGGCCCAGCGAGUAGCGGUAUCAGAUGGAGGGAGCAAGAAGACGUCCAGGGUUCGGGUUGCUGUUCGUCUACGACCCUACAUGGGCAAAGAAGAUGAGAAAGGCGAAGGCCCGUGUGUGAAAGGCCUGGACUCCCAGAACCUGGAGAUAAUCAACUGGAGAAAUGCUACAGAGACCGUAAAAUACCAUUUUGAUGCUUUUCACGGUGAGCAAACAACACAGCAAGAGGUUUUCCUCUCAUCAGUGAAGCCUAUUCUACCGCACAUACUGAAUGGACAAAAUGCCAGCGUCUUUGCUUAUGGACCAACAGGAGCUGGCAAGACCCACACCAUGUUGGGCAGCUCAGAGCAGGCAGGCGUGAUCCCCCGAGCUGUUCGUGAGGUCUUCAAUCUGGUCAGAGCUAAGGAUGAAGAGGAGGGAUGGGACUACAGUAUUGGCAUGUCUUAUUUGGAAAUUUACAAUGAGAAGGUGCUUGAUCUUCUAUCGCCAAACUCCCACGACCUGCCAAUCCGAGAGGACAAGGACAAGAACAUCCUUAUCCCCGGCCUCACUCACACAACCAUCUCAUCCUUCUCCGAUUUUGACAAACACUUUGUCCCCGCCAGUCUCAAUCGUACUACAGCCUCAACCAAACUAAACCAGCGCUCCAGCCGCAGCCAUGCUAUACUCCUCAUCAAGGUUGUGCGGACUCGACGCGCUCUGCCCAACCGACAACAGAUAGGCAAACUGUAUUUGGUAGACCUGGCCGGCUCUGAGGACAACCGCCGCACCGGCAACCAGGGCAUCCGCCUGAAAGAGAGCGGCGCCAUCAACCUUUCUCUCUUCACUCUCAGCAAAGUGGUGGACUCUCUUAACUCUGGCACCGCCAUCCGUGUGCCAUACAGAGACAGUAAACUCACACGGUUGCUACAGGACUCCCUGGGUGGCUCUGCACACUCUGUCAUGAUCACCAAUAUUGCGCCAGAGUACAAAUACUAUUUUGAUACUUUUACCGCACUCAACUUUGCCGCCAAAUCCAAGCUGAUUGUGAACAAGCCCUUCACCCGAGAAACUGUGGCUGUGCUGCCAGUGAAGCGGUCUAGAGAGGGCCAUGAGGCAGGGGGGUCUGGCACUGAGCCACAGAAGAAGAGGCAGAAAGAGGACAAGAAAGCUGAACAGGAUGGUUCCUCACCCUCUACUCACUUGCACAGUCUCUCAGAACCAUCAGUGUUGGACAGACUAAUCGCUCUGGAGAAACAGAUGAUGAGCUGCAAGGACAAAGACAGAAUUGGCAUGCUGAAAGAUGUGGCCCAGUAUCGCAAGGAGAUUCAGGAGCUCAAAGAGAAGCAGAGGGAGUUUGAGAAUAAGACCAAGCUGUUAAGUCGGCUGGCAGGAGAAAAGUCUGGUACCAGUCAAGAGCCCAACUUCAAGAACAACAUAGCUCCUCUGGAAAGAAAGCAGUCAACCGCCAUGAAAGCUAAAAAGCAGCAGGCUGUGGUCCAACCCCUCCAAGUGACGCAGCAGGUUGUAGUCGUCAAGAAACAGUCCGUCUGCGUCAAGAAGAAGGAGAGCAAGCUUCCAGACCAGGUUGAGCCUCCAGAUGGUAAAGAGAACAUGAUACAGGAUGGCUGGGAGUCUCAGAUUGACACGUCAGUGCUGGAGCAUUCCAGGCAGAACAUCCUGCAGAUCCUCAACAGCGGCUCACUCAAAGAGCUGAAAGGCCUGCAGCAGAUUGGGGUCAAGAAAGCCAAACUCAUCCUGGGCUGGAGGGAGAUCCAUGGUGACUUCACAAAGGUGGAAGAUCUGACUAAAGUUGAGGGUAUGACAGAGAAGAGAUUUUCCACUUUCAUGAAGGCAAACAUCCUGAGCAACAUGGGAAAAUGAUCUUCUCCCCUCUAAAUCAUACCUGUAUCUAAUGUAUAUAUUUCCUAUCUAAGAAGCUUUAUUCUCUUUUUUUGGCUUUGUUUUGAUUUUGCUUCAUGUUUUUAUUGUUUUUUGUAGUUACCACUGUGCUCCAGCUGAUG